UGGACAAAUGAAAUCGAUGUUUUAGCCGAUGUUUUUCUAGAGCAUAAACAAAAAAAACCGGCAAGGCAAUGUCGCUUACGGAUGUCUUGGAAUUGAACAAAACGGAGUUGUUCGCGAAGAUUCGCGAUGGCUUGCCCGGUGUGCAGAGGACCCAGAACCUGCUGGACUGCAAGGACGACCUGCUGUUCGCCUGGGACGCCAAGGACAGCUGCCUGCUGGUGCGCAACUGGCGCUCCUCGCUGGCGGCCGAGGUGAAUGUCCAGUUCCAGACCCUGAUCCCCUCGAGCACGGUUGGCCUGGAGGUGGACCGCGUACUGGCCUCCAACGAGGGCUCGCUGGUGGCGCUCAGCGGACCCCGCGGCGUCACCAUUCUGGAGCUGCCCCGACGAUGGGGCGCCGAUGGAUACUACAAGGACGGCAAGGCCCGGAUCACCUGCCGCACCUACGGCCUGGACACCCAGCUGUUCCUCAACAAUCCGCACCUGGAGGUGCGCCAAGUGCGCUGGCAUCCGCACUCCGUGUCGGACUCCACGCUGCUGGUGCUGCUCAACAACAACACCAUUCGGGUGUACAACCACUCCAAGCUGCGCCACGUGUGGCAGGUGGGCCCCUCGGUCCUCCGCAGCGGGGCCAACAGCUCGCUCUGCGACUUCGGAGAGGUGGCCGUGGACUUUGACAUCGCUCCCGCUGGAAAAUCUCGUGACACAGAAUCAGCAGCUUUUGGGGAAACCGAAACCACUCUGGAUAAGAGCAACAAAACCCUAAUGGCGGCCAAGUCGCAGCCAAAGCAGGAGCGGAUCGAGUGGCCCGUGGUGGUGCUGCGCGAGAAUGGAAACAUAUACAUUUUGAUGACCGGCCUGGACUCGGAAAAGACGCGUCUCCAGGGACCCAUCACCAUAACGCCCCAGGCGCGGGACAACUAUGGCCUGGAGUCGUGUGCGCUCAUGAUUAUCCCCUCGCUGCCGCCAACUCUAGUUAUUGCCGAGUCCAACGGAAAGCUUCAUCAUGCGCUGCUCAUGGAAGCCGAGGCCGCCGAGCAUUCCUUCAACGAGGUGGACGACUUUGUGCUCAUCGAGCCAGCUGAAUAUGUUAUCCAUGUGCUAGAAACUGUGGAACUAGAGCUGGGACUGACUGCCUCUGGAGCGGCAGAAGGAGGAGGAGCAUCCUACAAUUGUCCAGUUUAUCUGAAGCGCGACCUGAUCAACGAACUGCGCUACUUUGCCUACCACAACGCGGGCCUCCAUGCGGUCACCGUGAACUUUAUCUCUGAGCUGCAGCGUUACCUGGACAGCGAGUCCGAAGAGGACAGACUUGAGCUGGCGGCCUCUUCGCGUGCCGAAUACAUUCUGUGCACCAAAUUCGACUCCAGUGAUUCCGUGAACGCAGUCUUUGGACUAGCACUGCUGCAAGUUCCCGCCGGAGUGGUUAUUCUACUGGGCAGCGGACAGGUUAUCAGUCUGAAGCUGGUAAUAGAUGCUCAGCUCUUGGUGACACCCAAUGAGAAUAGGCAGGCUAACGCGGAUGUGUCGCAGCAGGAGAGUGGACCAACUUUUGUGGACACCAUUAAGUCACUGCUUCAGCGCAAUGUGAACCAGCCCAUCCUGGCGGAUAAACUUUCCUCGCCUUCUGCGCAGGAGAGCUAUGAACUUUUAAACCAGGCCAUCGAGGUGCUCCGCGAACAGUACCUUAAACGACACGACCUCGUGCGCGCCGCCUUCGCGCGACACAUUAACCAGAUGCAGCUGAAGAAGGAGCAACAGAAGCAGGAGAUCCAGGAUCUGGAGAAGGAGCGCGAACUGAUCAGCGAGCGGGCUCACAAGCUGGCCGAACGCUUCGAGGAGAUCAGCUACAAUCAGGAGCUGCUCGUGCGCAAGUGCAACGUUCUGAUGCAGCGGGCCAAUGCCGCACUGCCAAAUAGUGUGGUGGCCGAGCGGGAGUUUUCGCUGGAGGUGGCUCGUCUUAACAAGGUUACCCAGAGCAUGGCCGCUGGUUUGGAGGGCGCCAAGAAGACGCUGAACAAGCAGCGCUACCACAUUGCCAAGAGCCAGGAAGACCUCAAGAAGAAUGCUUACGAGCUGCCGGAGAAGCAGCACCGAACAAUCACCGAGAUACUCACCCAACUAACUGGCGAGAUCGACCGCCAGAUCACUGACGUCAAGCGCAUAAACAAAAUCGUUGGCGUUUAAAAUCGGAUUGAAAACUAGCACACUGUUAUGAUUUCGCCACGUUUUUGUUGAUUGUAAAGCCGUUGCGUAGAACUAAAACGUAUUUAUAAUAAACAUGUCGAUUAAGUCCUA